AUGCCACCGAAACCUAUACUGGUUAAAACUGAGACGAGAAAGAGCCUGUUACUCACGCCAAGUAGAGUAGUCAGUCGCCCUGACAACCUCGAAGGAGGAGAGGAAACUGAAAUUGCUGCUCAAAUAUCAGUACCGCAAGAAGGAGGUUGGGGAUGGGUAGUUGUUGCUGCGUCGUUUACAAUUAUUUUUAUUCUAGAUGGCGUGGCAUUUACAUUUGGUAGCCUAUUAAACGAUAUGUCUACCGAUUUAAAUAUAUCAGUAUCAACUUUACCCUUGGUAAACUCUAUCGCCGUAGCUAUUUAUUUUAUGAUGGGACCUUUGGCUUCUGCGCUUAUAAAUCGUUUUGGAUUUAGAGCAUGUGCAAUGUCUGGUUCUAUUAUAAGUUCAUUUUCAUUACUUACUUCGUACUUUUCUACGAAUUUUGCAACGUUGUGCGUCUUUUACGGUUUCUUUGCUGGAUUCGGUUAUUGUCUAAUAAAUAUGACAGGCAGUUUAGUAGUGGGAUUUUAUUUUGAAAAAUUAAGGUCUAUCGCCCUCGCCAUAGCAACAACUGGCUCAAGUCUUGGUGUUACAGUAUUAUCAUCAGUAAAUGUCCGUUUAUCUAAAUUAGCUGGAUGGAGAGCUACAACGUUAUUUCAUUCUGGAUUAUUCGGUUUGAUAUUUUUCUUUGGUAUGGCAUAUCAACCCCUAUUAUCAUUCACCGUUGCAAAAACUACAGAAGAUCCAACUCGUACUGUAACCUACUUGCCUAAUUUAUCAGCAGCGGCACUAAAAAAUACUGUUUCACGGACAAGAACGGAGGGCAUUAUGCCUACCACCACGGAACGUUUAUUUGGAGCAGCUUCGAAUGCAAACUUUCCAACAGCAGCUGCAGUAGUCGAUGACCUCGUACCGUCCACAACGACACAGGCUGGACCUUCAACAGCAGCCGUAUCUAAGAUCACGUUGACAGCAAACGCUCCACAAGGAGGCAUUAGCCCAAGACAACUGAAGCAAGUUCAAUCUAUUGUAUCAAAAAGUAGCAUGCAGGAUAAGUCUAAAAAAACAGUUGAACUGACUGUAAAUAUUGAGCAGCCAAAAAAGGCCUCAUUUUGGGGAAGAUUAUUCCGCUGGGAAGAACACGUUCCCCAAUCUAGACCUAUGUACCGAGACGAUGUUUUUUAUGACGGUAAAUUGCAAAAACUCCCUGCUUAUCAAAAAAGUAAGAUGGACACAACAGCUGAAGCUAAGACAGGACUAGAAUAUCAAUUGGCAGUAUCACGAGCUGCAACUGCGGUAGAUUUACGAGAGCGUAGGGGAGUCUUUACAACCGCAGCAAGAAGGGUUUUAGCUACGAUGAUGGACCCCAAAUUAUUACGCAAAUCCUCAUUUUGGUGCCUUUGCACGGCAGGAUUUCUUAUAUACGUAGGAUUUCUAGUUCCAUAUGUAUUUAUUCAAACAAGAAAUCAAGACGCAGGCAUACCCGCGCAGCACUGCUCUCUAUUUGUUAGCGUUAUGGGUUUGUCGAAUGCCUUUGGCAGACUUUCAUUGGGCACAUUAGCUUUGAAGGUGGAACCGACAAAUUUAUUUAUAAUGGCAAUGUUAAUAGCUGGGAUUGGUACUAUGUGCUCGGGCUUGUCAUACAACUUGUAUUUCCAAUAUUCUUACUGCGUAAUUUAUGGAUUUUUUAUAUCAUGUAUGGCAUCUCUAAGAAGCCUUAUAAUUGUUUCGCUAUAUGGACUCGACAAUUUAACAAAUGCUACCGGUAUAAUGUUAUUGUUUCAAGGUUUAGGUAGUUUUUUCAGUGCACCCGUUGCAGGUUUAAUAAAAAACUUAUUUGGGUUUCCCGUUGCCUUUAUGGUGGCGGGGUUAUUUAUUUCACUUGGAGGAUUAAUUAUAAUUCCUAUGAAAAAAUUAGCUCAAAGGGAAAAACGAGCAAUUGAUAUGAACCAAAAACAAGCUAAUACUGGUAAAACUGAUAAGUAG